AUGGCUCGUCGACAUGCUACUGAAGAUUAUAUGGAAAAGUUGAAAGCCGUACAAGCAUUGGAGCUCAAACUAACUAUAGACAAGCAGUGGACACCAGAAGGGGCUGAGUCGCAAAGUACCACUAGAAUAAUAGCCAUGAGAGACUAUCAGCGGGCUUUAGAUCACCUCGAGGGUCUGAUCGUAGUUCGUAUUUUUGAGCUAAGCAAAAUGAAUAGAUCACAAACCGGCUAUGCGCUACGCAAACACAUUGGUAAAGCUUUACAAGCACGGUCUGCCACCAUCCGAACAGCGCUGGAACGGUACAACGCAGCAGCAAAGGCACUAUCCCCACCCCGUCAAACUCUAGAGUGGAAGGAGGUUGUCAACUACACAUUUUUAUCAGAGUUUAACCUUCUACGUGACACAUGA